AUGUCUCUGCUCGACCGCAGCUCAAGCGCUGGUGAUCUGGAAGACCCGAAAAUUCCGGGUACUGGUCUUGCUGUACGGGCGUACAAGGCCUGCACUGCGUGCCGGGCGCGAAAAGUACGGUGCAUUGUUGAGGAUAGGGCAGCUGGGGGGAGCUGUGUCCAGUGCCGAAAAGAUGGCCAGGAAUGCGUCUUUGAGGCCAAGAAACGUUCAUACGAUACGAGCACUCGAACGAGGAAAGCCCAGCAGAAGCGAGCUCGGCUGGGGGCAUCAACGCCAGACACGACAGCUGAGAAUCUAUCUCAUGAGCAUUUCAACGUUCGAAGUUCUGCAGAUGCACUUCUAUUCUUGUCCGAUGCAGCUGCAAGGCAUGCAAGUGACGCUGAACCACCCAGAGGCCGCGUCGAGCCCGCCCAACACCCAGUUUCCUCAGCGGUCUCGGACAACAGACGUGAGAGCGCGCUUCCAGGGUUAUCAGACGUCGAGGAAGAACAGGUCAGGCGUGAAUCACCGGUCUCUCCGUGCGAGAAUGCCGAUACACAAGAGAUAAUAGCGACCUUCCGCUGCCGCCUUUUCUGGGACAACAUCAUUACACCCAGCGAAGCUUUGGCUUAUGUCUGCUUCUUCUUCAGAGAUCUCUAUCCCUUCUUUCCCUUUGUACCAGACGUCUACUACGUAUGCCUUACUGGGCCUAACCCCGAUCUGCAAGUACUGCGCUGUCUAUUCGAGGAGGAGGAUAUACUCCUGGGAUGCCUUAUCACGGUUUCCAGCCGCUACUACCACCUCCCCAGGCAUACUAUCGGCGGAGCGGCAUCGUCUAGUCAACGAGCUGGUGAGCUGCUCCUCCAGCCUGCAUUUCGUACAGACCAGGUCUCUUGGUCCUACGUCGGUAAUGCAUUCCUCCUGCUACGAUCUCUGCCACCCAGUCGCAGGAUAUGUCCAGUCCUCAAAACCUCCAGUAGAUACCUGACUACCUUGUUUGGGUGCCUUAUUAUGUCCCAAUCUCUUGCUCGUCGCUUAGGCCGCCCGGCUUUGAUGAGCUUCGAGGACGUGGACCUUGCUCAGGUCAGCCAGGCUUUCCAUGACCGCAACAUCAGGCUUCACGAAUCACAAGACAAUAACGAAGCCAUACCCAACCUGAGUCUCGGUGUCUCAGAUCAGUUUCACAGCGCCUUUGUUGAACUGAUGAAACUUCUAGCCCACAGCCAGGAUGUCCUGCACCCGCCGACAGGGGAUGGCUUUGUUGAACCCAAAGUGGAUGCGUCCCAGACGAACCAACGCUUGUUGGCGCUAUUGCAACAUUUUGACAUGAUGAACCAAAAUUGGAAGACGCAGUAUGAGAAUCUAUGGGAGCUCAGCGCUCCUGGUAUGUCCGAGUUUUCAAGGACUAUGCUAAGAAUCGACUUUGAGUACCUUCGGCUCUACGAGUUCUCUAUGAGCCUAGGCACAUAUCUUAAACUAGCAGAAACUGGAAAAGAUACGGCAUCCCUUUCUGGUCGGAGCUCCGUUGAGCAGCAAGAAAACGACUGGGAAUUCCCGCCAACUUCACUUGCCUACUACAUAGAGCAAGCCAUCGAUGCGGCACAGAUUCUCCUGCAUUUAAUGCUGCAUUUUCACUCACCGACAGGCAAGAACACGCUGCGAUAUGCCAGUUCGAGGCAUUAUAUGAAGAUUGUGUUCGCUUCUGUGUUCUUGAUCCAGUCCCUUCGUUCUGAUAUUCCUAGUAUAUCCUAUCAAACAGUUUUGAUUGCUACACUCAAGGAUACUGUCACUGUGCUCGAGAGGUGUAGCAUAGAUGCCGCGCAUCCAGCACUCCGAUAUUCUAUUUUACUCCGAGGUCUCAUGAAAGAUCUGGAGCCAUCGCGCUCAUCUGAAGCAUCUUCUUUGGUCCCUCUUACAAUUGGCCCGAGGCAGUCCCAGAGAAUAACAUCAGACGAAACAAACUGGAGCGGUCCAUAUCUGCUCGCAAAUGAAGCGAAUACAUUCUCAGCCCAAACUCAACUUCAGACAGAUUUCACCAACAGCGUUCCUCUACCGAGCGCAGGAGCUUCUCAGUGGCCAUCUUCAAUGGGGUACGCGGAAGGGAGCCAGUGGAGCGGAUUUGACAGUUCGAUUAUCGAGUGGGAGGACUCUAUGGCGCAGUUAGAUACUGAUACCUUCCUUCAGUCGCUCAUGGGAGUUGAUAUCUUUCCCACGAUGUAG